AAAGAGAUAAAAUAUUUCACUCCUAUAUAUGGUGGAAGCAUUGCCGAUAGAUUGCAAACGUUAAACAUAUUUUUGAAUACUCCCACUGGCAACGUGUCAGUUCAUAACCGAUCUUCAUACCGUACGCACUAUAAUUUAUUUAGUUUGAAAUGGCAACCAAAUGGGUUUGGACGAGUGCUCACGGGCCUUAUCCGCCAAACAUGGUAUCCGGUGGACAGGACAGUGACGGUACAUCGAUUUACGUUGGCCGGGCAAACCACGCUGGAGAUCUGCUACCGGCCAAAGUGAUUCCUGACAAGAAUGCCGCUUACAUUGCGUACGGUGGCGAAGAGGUGCUUGUCGACAGCUUCGAGGUUCUCUGCCAAAAAGAGCUGCUCUGGGAUAGCGCCGCGGGAGGAAACAUCCCACCGGAUGCAGUCGUCGGUGGUAGCACUACCGACGGGGAAGUAUUGUACAUCGGUCGCGCCUAUCAUGAAGGAUCUCAAACCAUUGGAAAAGUGCAACGAUCGCACGGAUGCUGCUAUAUUCCAUAUGGUGGUGCUGAGGUGGCACUGCCGAAUUAUGAAGUGCUCUGUGAGCGGUAAAAUGGAAUGUGUAUGAAAUGUGUAACGCUGUUUGGUUUGAUGAAUAAAUUUUAUAAGUUUGUUUAGUGA